AUGGCCAUCUUCGAUCCGUUUAAGCUCCGCCACAAACCGCCGUCGAUCUUUCCGACAACGGCUGUAAAACCUAACAAUGUUCUCUCCCUCGUCUUCAAGUUAUGCAUCUUCAUCUCCGUUGCUCUGAUCGUCAUCUACGUCAUCUUCUCCGGUUGCUCCGAUUGCCACCACAUCACCGGCCACCGACGCUUAGGCCCUCACGUCGACAAUGUAAACUUCACUACAGCUUCCUCCUCGACCAUCCUCCGGCAGAAUCAGUCCUCGGAGGCCACUGAUGUCUCCCACAUAGUUUUCGGGAUUGGUGGCUCCAUUCAAACGUGGAGAGAUCGCAGCCGUUACUCCGAACUGUGGUGGCGUCCCAACGUCACCCGCGGCUUUGUAUGGCUUGACGAGGAACCGCCUCUUAAUAUGACGUGGCUCUCAACUUCUCCACCGUACCAAGUCUCGGCGGAUACCUCCCGGUUCAACUACACUUGUUGGUUUGGUACAAGAUCAGCUAUACGAAUGGCGAGAAUCAUCAAAGAGACCUUUGAGCUAGGGUUAACGAACGUGAGAUGGUUCGUGAUGGGUGAUGACGAUACCGUCUUCUUUGUGGACAACCUUAUAACAGUUCUAAAUAAGUAUGAUCACAAUCAAAUGUAUUACAUUGGAGGAAACUCGGAGAGUGUUGAACAAGAUAUCGUUCACUCGUACGCCAUGGCCUACGGUGGCGGAGGUAUAGCAAUUAGUUAUCCUUUGGCGGUCGAGCUUGUAAAGAUUCUCGAUGGUUGUAUCGAUCGAUAUGCAUCGUUAUAUGGAUCUGAUCAAAAAAUUGAAGCUUGCAUAAGCGAGAUUGGUGUUCCCCUUACCAAGGAACUCGGGUUCCAUCAGGUGGACAUACGUGGAAACCCGUACGGUUUACUAGCUGCCCAUCCGGUGGCUCCUCUGGUUACUCUCCACCACCUCGACUAUGUUGACCCAAUAUUUCCGGCCGCUACCCAAACUGACUCCCUAAGAAGACUCAUGUCGGCCUACAAGAUGGAUCCAAGCCGGAUCCUCCAGCACAGUUUUUGCCAUGACCCGACUCGGGGCUUGUCUAUCUCCGUUUCUUGGGGAUACACCAUCCAGAUUUAUCCUUCUUUGGUCACAGCUAAGGAACUUGAGACGCCGUUUCUUACGUUCAAGUCGUGGCGAACGUCGAGCUUGGAGCCUUUCUCGUUUGAUACCCGACCCAUCAGCGAAGAUCCGUGCGAGAAACCCAUUAUUUAUUUCUUUGACCGGGUUUAUGAGGUCGGGUCGGGUCAGACUCUUACGACGUAUAGGAAACAUGAUGAAGAAGGCGAGACGCAAUGUGAUUCGCCAGAUUAUUCUCGUGCCAACUUGGUCGAGUACAUAGACGUUUCCGCUACUACGUGGAUGCCGGAUCUAUGGAAAAUGGCACCACGUAGACAGUAUUGUGAAAUUGUCAACAAUGAAGAAGACUCAGGAAACGUAAUCAGAGUCAAGUUACGGCAUUUCAAUCCUUUCGAAAGUGUAUCUCUUCAGACGGAGAGCGAAAAAUGA